UUCCAUUCCAUGCACCUUACCGCAUAGAAGUUUCUCCCAUCGUUCUUAUCCGAUUCGCAACUUCCCAAUCGCAUUCCAACACGCACCCAUAGAUUCAACGUACGUUACAAUUUACAAGGCAGAAAAAAGUGUUUUUAAAUUGUUUGCACGAAAUUCCCAAAUUGCCCUCAUCUCCUUUAUAUACAAGCCCUCACCUGCGCGGUUUUCAAGUCACACACAUUUACUCACUCACUGUGAGAGCGGCGAAGAAGAAGAAGAACAAUAAUGAAGGACGCCGGAAAGAGCCACAAGGCGAAUGCAAAGCUGUCGCCGGAGACGCGGAAGGAUCGGAAAUCGGCGACGGGGCUGAGUGGAUCGCCGAAGAAGGGAGGCCACGGCGGGAAGUUCACGUGGAUCGGCAACGGCUACGAGAACGUCGAGAUGGAGCACGGUGCUAUGGACGCCAAGGACCCGAACUUCGAGGAUCCAGCGGAGAUCGCCGCCGUGUGAUCGCGGUGGUUUCCGGUGACGAGAUCUGUACAUACUAAUAAUUGCUAAGAGACGUGGUUUUCGAAUUCAAUAAUAUGAAGCAAGUAGGAGAAGAAGCGCUUUCUGUGAUUGAUUGUUAUAGAUCUGAUCUGUCUCUGGAAUUUGGUAGUGGCAUGGCACUUGUGUUGUUGUACAUAUAUCGAAUGGUCUUGGAAGUGCGUGCACUCAUAUUCGCAUUCAAGUUUCUACGAGCUUUUGUUAUCAACGAUAAUUGAAUUUUCAAUUUUCAAGUUUAUUAAGUG